UUCCAUUCCUGGUUGAUCUAGUUCACUCUCAAAAUAUUCCUUAUAUUAGUAACCAAAAUAAACCGGCAUGGAAAGUUCAGUUCUAACGAUUGUUCUUAUUACAGGACCCCCAGGAGUGGGCAAAACGACUCUAGUCCGCAAGAUUUGCUCGUUUCUGCGGGACAAGGAACACCUGCUCCAAGGCUUCUACACAGAAGAAGUGCGAGGCAAGGGAACAAGCCAAAGAAUCGGUUUCGAUGUGGUAACUUUGGCAGGAAAACGGGGAUUCCUGGCUCGAGAGCAGCCAGGAGACCACCUGCGACGCCCCAAAGUGGGCAAGUAUUCCGUGUUUGUCCAAGAUUUUGAGGAUCUUGCAUUGCCGCUGUUGAACAUCAAGGACUCGCAGUCAGAACCAGCGCUCCUAGUCAUCGAUGAAGUGGGCAAAAUGGAGCUGUUUAGCAGGCGUUUCGAGUCGGCUGUGGUUGAUCUUCUAAAGAAAAAGAGACCCUUGUUGGUAACCAUACCCGAAAAAUCCAGCUUACCUUUGGUGGAACAGCUGAGGAAAACCCCAAACUCAGUUCUUUACCAAGUGACCAAAUCCAAUAGGAAUACUUUGGCAGGCGAAAUCACAGAUCUCAUUGCAAAGUCUCUGCUUGUAACAAAAUAAACUUGUUGGUCUUUUUAUUAGUGGCUA